AUGAGCGAUAGUUGCUCCCUGGCCAGGGGCGAAUGCUCGGCCGCCGCCAUUGCCAUCCCAGACGAGUGUGUGCGCACCUCGCUCAUGGUUUGUGCGGAGCGCCUGUAUGGCGAUAGCCCUGAAUCUUUUCUUGGCGGUGUUCUCGCGUUGGCCCGAGCUCGUUUCGAGCGCCGUGACGGCAAUCUUGACCGCUUUCAUUUGGCCCUCAAAUCCAAUCUUCCUUGUGCGGCCCAAACCCGCGCCCGUUACGAUUUGCUGCCCAGCGACGUCCUCGAUAACAUCCUCAAAUACCUCUCCAAUGACCCCGUGUCCCUGGCUCGAGCUUCCCAAGUCUGCCGUACCUGGCUGGUGGAAUUCUUGGCGCAGGGCGACUUUAGCCCCUCGCUGCGCGAUAUUGCACCGCUUGUCUUUGCAGGCGCCGAUUUGAAACACCGACAUGGUCGCGUUGCAGCCACACCCAUGCUCUUGGCAGCCUUUCACGGCCACGUUCAUGCUCUGGACUUUCUGCUCAAAAAUGGCUCAUCUCGCGAUGAGACAGCUGGGUGUGGCAAGAACGCGAUUCUUCUCGCUAGCCUGCGCAACCACCAGUCACUGGUUGCCGUUCUUCUUGGUCGCGGCUUUUCUUCGCGCGACAUGGACAACUGCGGUAACACCCCUCUUAUGCUUGCCGCCCUCGGUGGCAGCAAGUGCGUCAUGAAGUACCUUCAUUCCCAAGGCGCCUGCAUGGGUCACACCAACGUGCGCAAUGAAACGGCACUACACCUGGCAGCCCAGGGUGGCUGUCUCGAAGCCAUUGAUGCCCUCGUCCAAUGGUGCCCAACCAUGAUUGACUGCCGAGAUAACUCUGGUCUGACGCCUUUUUUGACGGCCUGUCAUUAUGGGCGGGGCCUCAUCUGCUGCCUCUUUUCCAAGAAGGGAGCGGACCUCUCGGCCGUGGAUAAGAACGGGGCCAAUGCCAUCAUGCAAGCCGCCAUGGGUGGACUUCCCUCCAAUGGCGCCGAGAAUCCCAACUUUGAGACGCACGCUAAUCUUGUCAAGUGCCUGGGGCGCCGGUACGACUUGGGUGCCCGCGACUUGGACGGACGCACUGCCAUGCACUAUGCUGUCCUGUGUGGAAACGAUCUCGUACAACAGCAAUUGAUCCAGGCCAACGUGGAGGCCCGACCCCGAGACACCCAUGGUGCGGAUCCCUACGACUACCUUCGGCUUUAUCAAGCGCUCAAGGAGCAGAACGCACAGCAAGCAGCGGCGGUUCUGGCUCAACUCCGCGGUGUGGCCAUGUCCUUUCCGGGCCGCUUGUCGCUAACUGCUGCCCAUCUGCGCUGUCUUUGCCGUGCCCUGUCCCAGAAUACCACCGUGCGCGUGGUCCACCUGUCUUGCAAAGUCAACAGCGCUGAGGUGGAGCAGGACUUGGUGGCCCUCUUGAAGGUUAAUAAAACCCUUCGCCACUUGCGCCUGGGCUGGAAUCAGCCACAGGAGCUGCCCCACUCGGUCUUGUGUUUGCUCAACGACAGCAGUCGCCUUCCCGACUUGCAUACCCUGCACAACGAUUUUGCCCACCUGGGCAACUAG